ACAUUUCUCCAGAUCUGUUCCUAUUUAAGAAACAAACUCAUAUACAUCUUUAAUGGUCCGAGGGAGAUUUUUGGUGAAAUGUUCCUUUAAAUAAAUGGUUCCCUGUGCUGUCUUUCCUCACCAAGAUGGCCAAUCUGCAGUUGUUGAAGCUGGAUGAGCUGGACUGUCUGAUAAAGGGGGUUCUGUACAUUUACUCAGUGGUCUCAAGUGGUCCACCUGAAUGUUACUAUUUUGAGCAUCCAACAGACCCUGAGCGCUGCGAGCAGAAGGCAUACAACCUGGAGAACCCCUAUCCACUGCUGCUUGUCAACAUUGGCUCUGGUGUCAGCAUACUGGCUGUAUACUCCAAAGACAACUACAAGCGUGUCACUGGAACCAGUCUUGGUGGUGGUACAUUCCUUGGGCUGUGUUGCCUGUUGACUGGAUGCUCCACCUUUGAGGAAGCAUUGGCAAUGGCCACAGAAGGAGAAAGUACAUGUGUGGAUAAACUAGUCAGGGACAUCUACGGUGGCGACUAUGAGCGAUUUGGCUUGCCAGGAUGGGCUGUUGCCUCCAGCUUUGGGAACAUGAUAUGCAAGGAGAAGAGAGACUCAGUCUCCAAGGAGGAUCUGGCUAGAGCAACGCUUGUCACCAUCACAAACAACAUUGGCUCAAUCACACGCAUGUGUGCACUUAAUGAGAACAUUGAAAGAGUGGUAUUUGUUGGGAACUUUCUGCGAGUGAACACAUUAUCCAUGAAGCUGCUCGCUUAUGCUUUGGACUACUGGAGCAAAGGACAACUCAAAGCCCUGUUCCUCCGACAUGAGGGUUAUUUUGGAGCGGUUGGUGCACUUUUGGAAUUACCAAACCCAUCCUGAUCUGCUACCUUAUCUUAGUUCGUGGCUUUUACC